AUGCGAUGGUGGCUGCACCUAUGCCAGACGGCCCGUGCCACAGUACGCCCCCAAAUCACAGGCCUGGAUCACGGUCGACCGCUCCUACGUCUUGCAGAUGUUUGGGAGGCCUUGGGAAACCGCACAAUCUGCCUGGGAACUAUGUCUGCUCCAAGCAACCACGAUGACGGCUCUUCAUGGUAUACCUCGAAACUAUGCCUCGUAGGCGUGGUGCUACUCUGGUGCGGCUGGAGGCUUUGGACCUUUACAUUGUCACCACUCUUGAAUCCCUCACAACCAAAGACUCUGCCAUAUUCCAUUCCAUGGGUUGGCCACAUUGCAAGCUUUGUCCGUAACGGCAACGGCCUUAUCACCAAAGGACGGUUGCACUUUGGGAACAAAAGAGAGCCAUUCGCGCUCGUCCUUGGUGGACAAUACGUCUACGUCAUCACCUCUGCCAAAGACGUGACUGCCAUUUUCCGCAACACGACUCAACUCACAUUCGACGCCUAUGUAGAAGACAUGCAAUUGAGAUUCGGCGCCUCCCCAGCCGCUGUCAAGGCCAUCUGGGCCAAACCACAAGACUACUUCCUCCAAGAUCGACUCAAAAACGGCGGCUUUCCCAACCCACAUGGAAAAGCACUCGCCCAUGUGUCCGAGGCAAUCUUCAAGGCGCAAUUGUACCCAGGCGACAAGCUAAACGCACUCUCGACCAAGUUUUUGAACACCAUCAUGGAGCGCGCAAAUUGGGAAUCUACCUCCAGCUCAGUAAUUCUGGAGCGAAAUCACAAUGACACUGAACGCCUGGUCUCGCUCCAUCGCUGGACUCGAGAUGUGCUCUUGUACGCCGCGACCAGGGCUUUCUUCGGAGAGGCGCUGUUCAAACUCGAUCCCAACGUUCUCGAUCACUUUGCGGAGUUUGACGAGGAUAGCUGGCAGUUUACGUACCAGGUGCCCGAGAGAUUUGCGCGCAAGACUUACCGGGCAAAGGCAACGACCCAGAACGUGUUUGAUCGCUACUUCGAUCUGCCCGCUAGUGAAAGGAGUGACGCGAAUUGGAUGAUUCUUACGCUCGAGUCUGAGAUGCGAGCUAUUGGAAUUGAGUCGCGCGAUAUCAGCGCGUAUCUGCUCAUGAUUUACUGGGUAAUCAAUGGAAACGCUUGGAAAGCCGCCUACUGGCUCUGCAGCUUCAUUCUGUUCAACCCAGAGCUCAAAGCAUCUCUUGAGAGAGACCUCAAGCCCCUCUUCCAAGACGACAAGAUGCCCGAACCCAGCCUUUUGAUGAAGCAUAUGGAAAGUCUCCCCCAUCUUAUGGCUGCUUACAACGAAACACUGCGCAUUUGCACUUCUUCAGUCACAGUCCGCAAUGUCCUGGAAGACUGCGUAGUCGGAACUUCGCGGUUCCAAAAGGGCUCCCGCAUCUUGAUACCCUUCCUACAGAUGAUGAUGGACGAAAAUGUGUUCGGCGCCAGACCAGAGGAGUUUCGACAUGAGCGCUUCUUGGAGAAGCCGUCGCUGGCAAAGGAUCCCAGUUUCCGGCCUUUUGGAGGCGGUCUGACGUAUUGUCCGGGUCGGUUCAUGGCCCAGCAUGAGAUUUUCAUGCUUGUGGCGUUGGCUUUUGGCAGGUUUGACUCUACGCUUCCGGAGGCGGAGCAGCAGUUUCCGCAGAUGGAGACGAAGAAGCCGUGUUUGGGUAUGAUGGGACCUGCUGCUGGGCAUGAUUUACAUGUUACAUUACAUCUGUCUCAAUGCAACCCACCAAGCCAACGUGGAAACAUCCAUACCCCCACCCCCAAAAUAUCCCUCCCAAACCGCCAACCCACUAACCGCAAUCGAAACCAAAAGCGCAGCCCUCGGAAUCGCAAAAUCCAGAGCGAGAUUCGUCGCAGCGCCAUCAUCAUCAUCAUCAUCACUAUCACACACACUACCCGACUUGACCGAUCCCUCCAUCCCCCUCACAUAACCAACCACAACCCCAAUAACCUUCUCCACCACCACAAGAAGACACACCAAAGCAAUCCGAUGCGCGGAUCCCCGCGCCGACGUACUCCCAAGUACAUCUGCAAGUCCACGACUGCGCAGCAGCGUCGUAGGAUGGUACGCCAGUAUCAAGGGAUACUCAAUCGCCGCAUCGACACAGAGCGCAGCGUGACGCAGGAUAUUUGCUAA